AUGGCGGGCACAGCGCCCUUGAUCACACCUCAUGCUCACUACUUGACACCGUCGCCCCAGGAGUUCAGACGCUUCUUCCCAGAAGCUGACGACAUGGGCGACGCUGACACCGUCACGAAUGGCAUAUCUAGAAGUUCUACAAACGCGCCAACGUCCGCCGACACCACUACGACACGGCCGCGCGGCACAACCCAAGGCCGUCAGAAACUCGUCUUCACGGAUCCUGUAGCCUUUAGAUAUCUGGAGGAGGAUCCAGACACCAUCGUGCUGGACCGAAGGCGACGGCUGGAGGGCUAUGAGCUGUACAUUGUUGAGCAAUGGGCUUGCUCACGGACUCACCCAACUUUCCUCAUUUGUACUUAUACUGGAGACACGUCGCGGUCGGUCAUAAUUAACGUGCUGAGUGUACCUUCUGAUUCAGCGACAUGGUCGCCUCGACUCCGGCUCUACUUUGAUGCCAUGUCUCAAUACCAUGCCAAGCCGAAGGAGACACCUUAUGGCGAUAUCAUGGUCACCAACCUAGCUGGCUUCCCUGCAACACUGACCGUGAUUGCUGUUCCGGAUGGUGAUGUCCGGAAGCACAGGGAGGACUUCAUCGUUAACGAGGACCUAAAGCGAAUGAACUGUGCCGGCCGAGGCGCAAUGAACGUUCAGCCGCCCCAGCAAAGCACAGUGGCCAAAUUUCAUCAGUUAUACCGCACGAGUGAGAGCAUCGGAAUCUAUCAAGCUGUUAUGGAGCUGGUGAAGCUGUGCCAGAAAGCGUUGCUGAUCUAUGGACGCCUGCAGGAGGCCUAUACUGACGGCCUCCUGUGCGAUAUUACCGAGAAAGCCAUAGCUGACUGGUGGACGGAGGUUGGGGUCUACUUCUACAACAUCGAGCCUGGAGAUGGGAUACUCGGCCCGACCACGGUUGCAGCUCUGCUGGGUUUGCUCAUCGGUGCCAACAACCGAUUAAAAGCUUACGGCGCCCCAGUGGGAAAGGACAUUUUCGACAUCCCCUCCAUGAAGCGGGCAAUUGGAUCAUUCCAGAAAGCAGCUAAGCUCGAACGCACAAGACGUCUGGACCUGAAGACUCUAGAUAAGCUCCACCGUGCAACAGCAAAAACAGCAAGUGGAGAGGGAUGGACUGUGUCACGCGCGGUCAAAGGCACGCUGGCCGAAGUGAGCGGCAAAGGCGGCGAGAUGGUCAUGGGCAUUGUGGGUGGCAAGGACAAAGCCGGCAUCUCGGAAGUCGAGACCCUCGACAUCGACAGAUUUGCUCAACUUGUCGUUGGACCCAGAAUGAAGUGGCUGUGGCUUGGCAAGUCGAAGCCCGUGGAAGUGCAGCGAGAAGCAAAUGAAGGCGCUGAGCUAAAAGGUCAAGUGUUUAGCACCGACGACCAAGGUGGCUUUAUCUGGACGAGCAACAAACGAGAUUCCGUUGCACAUGGCCUCGAAAGGUCCGACACAGCAAACAGUCUGGCGCCGCACAGUGCUACCGAAGGCCGCUCUGGCCUUGGCCGGAUACGUGAAGCCGUUGGUGGAAAGCUGCAUAACCAAAGACCCGGUCACGAGCGAGAAGACACAGCACUUGACUUCGACUCUAACAACGCCACACCAAGUAUCUCUGCGGUGAGUUCGAAUAUCUACCAGCGCCCAACCACGCCAGCAAAUGAAGAAGCACCUCCCCUCGGCUUAGCUCUCAAAGAAGCCUCAUCAUUCGGUCCUGCCCGCCAGGUCAGUCCGCGACAAGCCACAGGGCUGCGCCCAGGUAUGGUGCGCUCAGCAACCGACCACCGCGUCCCCAGCUAUCGCAAACAGCUCGCCCCAGCGCCUCUCGCCGAAUCACCGCGCAAAAGAGAAAUCGCGUCCAGUCUAGAGCGCAUCCGCAGAGAACUGCAGUCUCCCAAAUAUGUUGAGCUGAACAACCUGUUCGAGAACUACUCCGGGCCUCAAGCACCUGGUCUGCGCCGCUCCCGCUCCGCCGUUCACACCGUCGGCACAAUCUUCGAGAACUUCCCCCGCCAGAACCGCCCUCCCACGCCACCCUCUCCUUCCUCCAUCGUCGAGACCUCAGUCCUCACCUUUCCCGACGUCAUCCUCGCCGAGCCUCCCCUAGCCCUGAACGAGCAGAAACCCAACGACAACACCAACGCAGCCAACAAACCGAACGGCACGACCACAGCAGACUCCGCAGCACCCACCAAACCACCACCAACGAAAGCAGAGCUUCUCACCGCCCUCUCAACACGCACUCCCCUCCUAGUCUCCGCCCAAAAACGCCACCGCCGCAUCACCCAGGUCACCCGCGGCCUGAUCCCCUACACCGAAGACUGCGUCUCCCACGUCGAAUCCCUCGACCGCGCCGCGGGCGCCAACCUCUCCGAUCUCAAUACCCUCUACUACGCGAAACUCGAGGAGUACCAAACACAAAGAGCGACGAGUGGGGAUGUAGUGAGUAACGAGAAGGGGAUGUUGGGGGAGAGUGGUCCGUAG